AAAACAUUUAUCCAAACUCUCGAGAUAUCAACCCUAUAUUCGCAUUUCUUUCAUCAAUCUUCUCUCAGUUUGUGAGUUUUUUUUUUUUUUUUUUUCCACAACAAAACUAAAAUGGUUUUCACUCCAAGACCAACAGCUUUGCAGCCCCCAACCUACGGGAAGUCCGUCACCGUUUUGAGCAUUGAUGGUGGAGGCAUUAGAGGAAUCAUCCCUGGAGUCAUCCUAGGGUUUUUAGAGUCUGAACUUCAGAAAUUGGAUGGUCAAGACGCACGACUUGCCGACUACUUCGAUGUCAUCUCCGGUACAAGUACCGGCGGUUUAGUCACCGCCAUGCUUUCUGCUCCAAACAAUGACAACCGACCCCUCUUUUCUGCUAAAGAUAUCAAGGAUUUCUACCUUGAACAUUGUCCCAAGAUCUUCCCACAAGAAAGUUAUCAUUAUCUACCCGGAUCUGCUGAAAAAAUAGUGAAAGCCGUCACCGGACCUAAAUACGAUGGCAAAUAUCUCCAUAACCUUCUUCACGAAAAGCUUGGUGAUACUAAGUUGCAUCAAACUUUAACCAACGUUGUCAUCCCAACUUUUGACAUCAAAUUACUUCAGCCUACAAUCUUUUCAAGCUAUGCGGUUAAGGAUCAUCCAAGUCUAGAUGCAAACCUAAGAGACAUAUGCAUUGGAACCUCAGCAGCUCCGACUUAUCUUCCGGCCCAUUACUUCGAAACCCAUGAUUCCGAUGGCAGCUCUCGCCAAUUUAAUCUCGUCGACGGUGGUGUCGCUGCCAAUAAUCCGGCUUUAGUGGCUAUCAACCAAGUGACCAAGGAAGUAACCGGAGGAAGUGCCGAUUUCUCUUCAAAAAUGCAUCCGUUAGAAUACAGCCGGUUCAUAGUUUUGUCCUUGGGAACGGGUACCGCCAAAGAAGAAGGGAAAUACGAUGCAAAUCAAGCAGCCAAAUGGGGAAUUUUGGGUUGGUUGACCAAUGGCGGUUCGACUCCAUUGAUUGAUGUAUUCAGUCAAGCGAGUAGCGAUAUGGUGGAUUUUCACCUUUCCACUAUUUUCCAAGCUCUUCAAUCAGAACAUAAUUAUCUUAGAAUCCAGGAUGACACUUUGACUGGGGAUUUAUCGUCAGUAGAUAUUGCUACAAAGGAAAAUCUUGCAAGCCUUGUUGAAGUUGGGGAGAAAUUGUUGAAGAAACCAGUUAGUAGUGUUAACUUGCAAACUGGUGUUUUCCAACUGUUGAAUAAGGGAACUAAUGAGGAGGCCCUCAUAAGGUUGGCAAAAACGUUAUCGAAUGAGAAGCGGCUUCGUGAUAUUAAGUCCCCACACGUGCAAAAUUAG